CUUUUUGAAUGCUAUACACAAGAAACAUCCAUAUGAGGAGAAUACAACUGCAUUUUGUCUGUACUUUUCUAUUUAAUUAAAUCUUUAAUUCCUUUUCUUUUUCCCCUUCAUCUUAUAAUCCCUAUCUUGCUAAAAUGUUACGGGAGUUAUGGCGCUGCGCAGUGAUCAUCUUUAUUUGACAGAUUCAGAAACAGAAUCUGACGAUUUAAGCGAGUAUUUCAAUUUUCAAGAUCAAAAGAGAGUUAAUCGAGGAUUUUAUGUUGGAAAAGGAAAAUAUAAAAUUGAGAGAAACAAGAAGGAAAAUGUGGCUGAUGGAAAAAAUGGACAGGACAUGAAAGCAUUGGAGGAAGAAUCAGAGAUGAAAAUAAGAAAGGCAGCAGAAAAAUAUCAGCAAGGGAUGAAACUGAUACCAAUUCCACCAAGUCAUGCGUCGCCAAUUUUGUUCAUAACUUGGCAGGGAUUAGCUAGAUCCAUUAAGCAGAAGUAUGAGCAGCCGUUACAUUAUCUCACAAUGAAGCUUUUAAAAGAGUGGGAUCAAUCCAGACUUGGCUCAGUGGAGGAAAGAAAGCCAUUGGAAGAUAUUAUUGAUCCUGUCAAAGCUGAAGCUACAAUUUGGGUUGUCGAACAUUUCCACAGGCAAUGCUCUUCUCCUGGCCAUCUUUCCAAACUAUGGCUUUCAGACCCAACGUACCAAGAUUUUAUUGAUCUUAAUCCCAUGAUCACAUCCUUUUGAAGCUUGUCUCAUUUUUAUAUUCUAUGGUUGUUAUCUCAUGCUUUUAUUCAGUCCUUGUUAUUUUAAUUGGACGUGACACAUUGCACGUUGCAGAAAUAUAUUUAAAAUUGCAAGCAAAACUUAAUUUGUACUCUGAUAUAGAGAAAUGCAUCAUUUUUCUUCUUUCGUCUCA